UACCGAAACCUAAUUUGGAGAUUUGUGGACAGAUUAGCCCAACCUAUCUGUUCAGUGGCCGGAGAGAGGAUUACUGUUAUGGAGAGACAAUUCAGCAAAUUUAAUAAAACGUUCAAAUUAACUGGACGUACAAAUGAUGCAAUCAAUUUUGGUUCGUAUAACUAUUUAGGUUACGCUCAAAAUAGUGGUCACAUAACUGAUUCGGUGGACAAAACUAUUAGACAAUUGGGAGUUGGCUUAUGUAGUACUGCCACUGAAAUCGGACGACAGCAAAUAUACUGCGAUUUGGAGGCAUUAGUGGCCAAAUAUUUAGGCACUAAAGACGCCAUUGUUUACGGUAUGGGUUUUGCAACCAAUGCUUACACAAUGUCUGCGCUGUUCGGAAGGGGUUGUCUGGUAUUGAGCGAUGAACUCAAUCAUUCGUCGAUAGCAUUGGGCUGUAGGACAUCGGGGGCUCACAUACAAGUGUUUAAACACAAUGACAUGAUCGACCUAGAGCGUUUAGUGCGACAGUCUAUAGUAUGUGGUCAGCCCCACACCGGGAGGGCCUGGAAAAAGAUUGUGAUUAUAGUGGAGGGUAUUUACUCAAUGGAGGGAACUAUUGUUAAUUUGCCGCAAAUUUUACGAAUUAAAAAACAAUAUAAAUUAUACGUAUAUUUGGAUGAAGCGCAUAGUAUUGGCGCACUUGGUAGCCGUGGAAGAGGUGUUUGCGAUUAUUACGGCUGCGACCCGAAGGACGUGGACAUACUUAUGGGCACUUUUACCAAAAGUUUUGCAGCGGCCGGCGGUUAUAUGGCAGCAUCUGAGCGGACCAUUGCAUACCUGCGCUCACACACCACAGCCUUUCAUUACGCAACACCAAUCGCUCCGCCAGUUGUGCAGCAAAUUAUGUCCGUUUUGACUGAAUUAUGUUUUAAUCAAAACGAUUCUCACACACGACUCAAACGUCUUCACGAAAACACUGUAUAUUUUAGGCAAAAACUUAAACAAUUGGGAUAUCAUUUGGACGGCAACGACGACUCGCCUGUCGUACCGCUUAUGGUAUAUUUGGAGUCGUAUUUGAAGUAUGUAUUAAUAUCUAUUAUGUUUAAAAAUUAA